UAUGUCAAGUGAAGAAGAAGUACUAUUAUCUAGUUUAUUCUUUUAGAAAAUGAAAUAAUUGUAAGCACUUCCAAUUAGAAAUUACUUGGAUUAAACUGUAGUACCACUUCUAUUACAGGCCAUGACUGAAGUAGCUAAAGUGAGGUGAGUUUUUCUUAAAUAUUAAGACCACCUAAUCCAAUUGAAUUUAUAGCUAACUAUUUGCUCUAGAAUAACCCAGAAAAAGCACAAGCAAGAUAAUAAUGAG